AUGAGCGGCAGAGGCUUUCCAGAGGGGGCAUUGCCAGGAAAGAUGAAUGCUCUCCUUGCACUGGCCAUGCUGUUUGCUUCAGGCUCGUCACCGGCUGCUGGGAGCCUCUGGCAGCUGCAGCAGGUGGUCACAAAGCUGACGGGGAAAAACGCCGUGCUGCAUUACUCCUUCUAUGGCUGCUACUGCGGCGUGGGGGGCCACGGGCAGCCCAAGGAUGCCACAGACAGAUGCUGCCAGCUGCACGAUGCCUGCUACGACAGCCUCCAGAAGUACCACUGCAACGCCAAGCAGCAGCACUAUCAGUACAGCUGGCGCAGCGGCCGCCUCACCUGCAACAGGGACUUGUGGUGUGCCCAGCUGUCCUGUGAGUGCGACCGCAGCCUGGGGCUGUGCCUGCAGAGGAGCACGAGGAGCUACAACCGCCGCUAUGUUCUGUACCUCAAGAGCAAAUGCAGGCGGUGAGCACGUGCAAAGCAAAGACUCUUUGGGUUUGGCUCUCUGCUUUGCUUCUGGAGCUGAGUUUCUGCAUGGACCCACAUUCGUGUUGGACUGAAUCGAUGUGAAAAUAAAUUAUGUGCUUAAAUCA